CACGGUCUUCUAAGAUGGCAGCGACUGAGGUCAACAAGAAGUACAGGGAGCUUUUCGACUCGCUGGAUGUGGACAAAGAUGGCACGGUCAGCAUGGACGAGCUGAUUAAUGCUCUUAAGUUGAAAGGAAUGAAAAGUAGCCGGGCGUAUAUCGAGGCACAGAAACUGUUCAACAGGACCGAUGUGGAUGGUAAUGAUUCCUUAGAUUUCUCAGAGUUUUUGACAUUCAUGCUUGAGCACGAGAAAGAACUUCAAAAGGCGUUUCAAAAUCUGGAUAAAAAUAAAGAUGGCCAGUUAGACUUAGAUGAAAUAAUGCAAGCAUUUACGGAACUAGGAUUUGAAAUGGAACCGGAAGAAGUGAAGGAUUUAAUGAAAAAAUUAGACAAAGACGGAAAUAACACAAUAGACUGGCACGAGUGGAGGGACUUCUUGUUGCUGAACAGCGGGGCCAGUAUUAGGGAUAUUAUGGACUACUGGAGGCACGAGUCCGCCAUAUUCGACUUCGGAACAGAUGCUGUUAUUCCAGACGAUUUCACAGAACAUGAAAUGAAGCAAGGGCUAUGGUGGCGCCAUCUAGUGGCUGGUGGAAUUGCUGGUGCGAUAUCAAGAACGGCAACCCAUCCAUUAGAGCGGUUAAAAGUCUUCAUGCAGGUACAGACUUCGAAUGAAAUGGGAGUUCUGGGCUGUAUUCGUUACAUGGUAAAAGAGGGCGGGAUUCGAUCUCUAUGGAGGGGUAACGGUAUUCUGGUGCUGAAACUGGGGCCAGACACCGCCAUCCGCUUCAUGAUGUACGAACAGUUGAAAAAAAUCGUAAAAGGGGAUUCCAAUCGUGAACUGUCAGUGUUUGAACGAUUCUGCACGGGUGCUUCGGCUGGAGCUAUAGCCCAAACAGCCGUGUACCCUACAGAGGUAUUGAAGACCCGUCUGUGUCUGAGGAAGACGGGUCAAUAUGGCGGUAUCAUUGACUGCACCCGACAGAUUCUGAGGACAGAGGGGGUGCGCAGCUUUACCAGGGGGUACGUCCCCACCGUGCUCAGUAUUAUACCCAAUGCCGGACUGGAUCUUGCUGUAUACGAGACGAUGAAGAACUGGUACCUGACCACCUACAACACACAGGCUCCUGGGGUGGGUGUGUUACUUGGCUGUGGAACGGUCAGCUGUGUCAUCGGUCAGGUGGCCAGCUAUCCUCUACAGCUUAUCAGAACAAGGCUACAGGCUUCAGGUACGUAA